AUGAGUCAACUAGUUGCAAUGUACGCCCUUAAAAAAAUACAAGAUCCGAGUAACAUGAGGGAGGAAGUUGAUGAAUCAGGCUUCUCUCCAGAAGACGCUCAAACUUUAUACCUUCAAGCCUUGUAUUGUCAAGUGCAAAUGCAAAAAGGAGAUGUUUCUCGAAUUUUUGAACAUUUUGAAUGUAGUGUAGAAGCUAUUGAAGAAUAUUGGGAGAUGUUUUCUAACGACAAGAUGCAAGCCUUAAAGCCUUCCAACGUUUCCAUGUACCAUAGCAUUCUGUGCGUGAUUAAAGGCUUUCUGCUUGUCAAUCCGAACUGUAUUGGAAUUGAACGCGUUCAGCAAAUUGUGAUUCAAGUGUUUAAGAGAUGCUUGCUCUCGGAACGGAUGCUAUCUAAUUGUUAUCGUAAUGUUUUUGAAAGAACGAGAGGAGAACAAGCACUGCCUUCUCAGCACUACCUCUCGAACUAUCACUCUCUUUUUAAGCUUUGCCUGAACGUGCUGUACAAGUGUUGUUGUAAUCAUGAUAUUCUUGCAUUCCUCAAAUCUAUUCAUGAACCUGUACGUGAUGUAUUAUUUGGCAAAGUGAAUGAUGAAAAGUCAGUAGCACCACUGUUAGUAAUCUUGCUAAGCGAAUGUUUGAACGCAAUCGUUGAAGAUUUCUUUGGAGAAAGUGCUCUUGCUUCUAAAAGUGAGAAUGCUGUGGAAGACUUUCUUCCUCAAGUGAACACCCAUCAGAUUGAUUGUGUGCUGAACCAUCUCGUAAACUACUCGUUUGAAACGCCUUUACAAAUAGAGGAAGACGACUGGAUCAUUAGGCAGAGUCCUGCCUCAGAUCAAAUUUCAUCCAACAGGAACACUUCAUCACAUCCAAAGACGAAUCAUCCUCCUUGGAGCUUUAUGGAAUCCUUAAUACACGUAUUAGAGAGCACUUCUCAAGAAACGAAUGACAAAUUGCGAAGCAUGCAAUGUAUCUUUAAAAUCUCAAUGAUGAGCGAAUCAUUUGCGUUUAAAACAGUCCCACUCUUUGAAAGAGUUAUUAUGAUGGAUCCAGAGGAAGAGUUACGAUCGUUUUCCAUCAUGUGUCUUUGGGAGUUAAUGUUUGUACACCCUUCGUUGCAACAUUAUGAUUUGAUGGUUCAUGUGACGGACGAGAUGGAAGAUGGGAGUAGUGUGGAAGGAUUUGAAAUUUCGGUGGAAACUACUCAUAACUCAUGCUGCUGCUUGUUCGAAUUCCUGUACAGUAUCUCAUCUUUAACACACAACACCAAGUACGCCUUUUUAAUAACAGCCAUUCGAAUGCUUCGAUUCAACAAGUGCAACAAUUCCAAGUUCGAAAGGAUGCUCUUUGCUUUCAUACAAACAGAAGAGAUGAAAUGUGAAAAGAAGGACGCUUCAGAUCCAUUCAUGAAAAAGGUCUUUUCUCAGCUCGCUCUCGAUCCAGAUACCAAUUCCAUUCAAGUAGUGGCUAACAAGAUAUCAAGCAGAGGACGAAAGAAAAAGCUUCAAUCCAAUGGCCUCGUUAAGGACAACGGUACAAUUGAGCACUCGACCUCAAACGAACCAUCUGAGUCGCAUCAUGAGGAUCGAAUGGAAGACGAGUAG